AUGGAGCUCAUUACAGUUCACCUGUUGCUAUUUGUUGGUUUGGCAGGCAUUUCAAAUGCCAUCCAAGUCCCCUUCCGGGAUUGUCUCCGAACUGGCCCCCCCGGCGCUCCACAUUUUCGACCCUUUAGUGUCGAUGCGAAGUUUGGAGACGAGGCAGAUGGGUAUCCAUUGACAAUUGAGGUUCACGGAAACCUCACAGGUCCAGGUCAAGUUAUUAAGGAUUUCGACGAAAGGCAAAAUGCUCUGACGACAUUACGGCAAAAGAUCAAUGUCCUGUCGUAUACCCCUCUGGUCGAAAAUGUCGCCUUCUGCAAAUCACUUACCGAAGGAACAACCUGCGAUGUAUUUCCUAAACCCGAUGCCGGCUCCGAUUUUCAACAACUUCCAGGUUUCAUCACUACUCGCAACCUCUCUAGUUCAUACGCCUUUAGCUCCCUCAUAAACACCUAUCGUAUUAUCCCAGCCGACAAUGAAAGAAUCAGUAUUGGUUGUGUCGAAGCAUCUAUCACCCCUACUCUCGGCAGCGCUAUUUCCGACCUCUUAACUUUCAUCCCUCUUGGUAUCGUCAUUAUGACCGGCAUUGCUACUAUAGUCGCCGCGAUAUUCAACCCCUGGAACGGAACAAAGGAUAUUUUUCAAUGGAGCAGUAAUUAUCGGAGGGACUUGGACAUGUUGCGAUUGAUAACACCCGGGUUUGCGGACUGUUUACAAUAUCUACAAUUUGUGGUUCUUACGGGUGCGCUGUCACUAAACUACCCGGGAUUCUAUCAGCCCGUGGUAGCAAAUGCGGCAUGGUCGGUUUUGAUGUUCAACUUUUCGUUGGUGAGCCAGGAAUCGACACAGAAUCCGGUGGAUAAUAUAUAUUUUACGAGUCACCGGCAUGGUUUGGGUCGGCUUACGCAGCUAGUCGGGCAGGGUGAUCCGUCGGAUGCAUGGGCUGGGUUUAUGGUUAUCUUUUCUGGAAUUAUCGGUGCUACUGUUUUAUUCGUGGUGAUCAUCGCUACCGCCAGAUGGGUCAUGAAACGGAUUAAGCUGCAUGAGAGUGGCGACCUACGAGCCAAGAAUAUUCCCUUUCUUGGAGGGCUUUUGGUUAGGGUGGUGUACAACUAUCUCUUACUGCCUAUAUUAUCCCUCAGCGCCUACCAGCUUAUCUUAUCGGGAAGCAGCCCUUUGUCUGUGGAUAUCGUUUCUGGAAUUGUGUUUGCUGCGGUGGUUGUGGCGGCCGCCUUUCUCGUGAGAAGGAUCAGCACCUAUAAACCUCGGUCUCCACUAUAUGACGACCUUCCAACUCUACUUUUCUACGGACCACUCUACAAUACUUACGAUGAAGCGGCAACUCUAUAUUGUAUCGUAUAUCUGGGAAUCAGUCUUAUUCGAGGGGCAUCUUUCGGAUUCCUUCAACCAUCUGGGAUUGCACAGUUAACAUUACUCGCUAGUUGCGAGAUUGUUCAGAUACUAACCCUGAAUGCCUUCCGACCUUACUCAUCGAAGACUUCAAUGAAUAUCUACCACAGUUGCUUUAGCAUGAGCCGGCUGAUUUCAGUACUAUUCCAAGUAGCCUUUGUACCAAGCCUUGAGGUUGAUGACGCUGUGAGAGGGUGGAUUGGAUAUGUAAUCUUGAUAUUGCAUGGGGUGGUUUUAGUGUUUGGGUUUUUUAUGAAUGCUCUGCAAACACUAGCGGAAGUUGCAGCGAGAAUCGCGGGAGCAGGAGAGGGCAGGGACGGUGCCCAGAGAGGUGGAUUGUCUAAGGUCUUUGGUUCAAGACAGCUUGCGAGGCGUUCGAAUCGCCCUGGCGGACAUAGCCCCGAACUAACAGGAUAUCUAGGGGGUGGUUCUAAUAUGAACGAGGAGAGGAAACCAAGCCUGAUGACAGGAUCUCGUCACGGAGGGUCGAUCUCUGGUAGCUCUGCUAUCUUGCUUGGCCAAGGCAAUGUCCCGGCUCAACAAGCAGUUUUCGCGCAGACUCCUAGUACAGAAUACGCAAGCCCAAUCCAAGAGACAUCCUCCCAGGGCAGAGGCCACCACCAUACAAACAGCGGGAGCACAAGUUUUGGGCCAGCAACGCCUCGGCACUUCAGCGGUCAAUCGUACUUUGAGAAUGUAAAUCCGCAGUCAGCGAUGCAGAGCAUCAACGGUAGCUCCCCUCGCCUGCCUCAGCAACCCGGACUUGGAAAUGCGCUUGCGAAUUUAGACUCCAACGGACGACCGAAUGAGGGCCCCUACUACCGACAACCUCGGAAGAACAAACCGCGGAAUAAUAGCACGUCUGGCUCUAUGGGUGGUGGUGGGGAUUGGGACGCUGCUGGCCCGUCGAGCUUUAAAUAUAACGGGCCUGCGGACUAUACGACACGGGAGGCACCAGAAGGGUCUUCGAACAUUCAGUUGAAUGAUAUGGAUGAAAACACUAGAUUUGGUUACUCGAACCCAGCACUUAUGGCCGUUCCUGCGCCGCAACAUACGGACUCCAUGGGAUCUGGAAAGAUGCAGGAUUAUUCACAGCGAGAAUCGGACUUUUAUUAUGGAGUUCGAGGGCCUGCACUUUCGGCACAACCUUCGAGAAGGCUGAGGACUGGGCCAGCAGAUCCAACAAGUACAGUAGCGAGUGCUACCGGAUGGCUGAAUAAAUUCUCAAGGUGGACAAAGGGGAAGAAUAAGGAGAAGGGAUUCCAAGUCGUGCGGUCUGCGAGAGCACCGCCGCCGAUGAGGUCGGCGAUUGAGGGCGAUGAUGGCGAUGAGGAUGUGAGAGUUGGAACUGCGGCUGGGAAAGCGCGGCAGUCAAUAUCUCAAGAACCAGCUAGAGAUGUUGGAAUGCAAUCUAGAGGGGCUGAUGAUACAUCUUCCAGCGAAGAAGAUACUACAGACUCCGAUUUCUCGGACGACGAUGGGGUCGGGACGCCAAGGCCUACAUCACAACUAUCACCCUUGCCGCCUCAAUUGCCAGAAAUCCAAACGGGGGAUGCGUUUGCGAUGCAGUCAAGGGUGAAUAGCAGGAAGAGUGCAAAGAGUGUGAAGCCCCGAGUGCCUAGGAAGUCGUCUAAGAGGCAAUCUGCCCAUUUGAUCCCUACACCUCUGUACCAUUCCUUACCACAAACACCAGAACGGGUCCAUUCACAACUAUACGAUCCACCCUUGCACGAAAACCGAUCAACAAGCUCUACUCACAGAUUGCCAUUCACGAGGGCAAGCCAGGGCCCAUCGGCUUUGGGAGGGGAAGCAUCUGAAGUUGGAAAUCUAGAAGAUGCGAAUAGCAACUACUCGACUAGUAGUUCUAUGCUUAUAACGCCUGCUAUGAUCGCGGCCGAUGAUGAUGCGAGUAGCAGCCGGCCGGCGAGCUUGGGGACGGUGAAUCGGUAUAAAGUGAGCAUGACAAGUACAAACGAGAGGGUGUUCGGGACAGAGAGCCGAGCAGAGGUUGUGGAUGAGCAUGGGAGGAAAGGAACGUUUUGA